AGGAUAGCGUCUAAUUUCAGCACAAGAUACAUUUAUUAGAGAUUGUCCUGGAGUCUAUAAUGUCUUUUAUAAAAGCCACUGUAUGAUACUGCAUUGGGAUUCCUCAAGUCAUCAAUGCGCAUGACAGACAGUAAACAUGGCAACCGCGAUGGCCGCGUGCCAAGCAGCAAACUCACUGAGCACUUGGAUUGACUUCAGCUCCAGUUCGGUCGUCUGUCAUGAACGUGAAGGUGGAUGAAUGAGUAGCAGCGCGCUCGUCUGUGAGCAGUUGUUAUCCAACAGUUCAGUGUUUGCUCUCGGACCAGUUCUGUUGAUCCAACUGGGUCCCUGGGCUGGCGUCAGUGAUGUCGGACCAUUUGCCUCCUGUUCUUCUGGAAGCCUGUGUGGUGGUAGGAGCAUCUGAUGACAAACUCAGGGAGGUUUACAAGACCAUCAACAAUAAUGGAACUCCAGAGCAUCUCCUGUUGGAGCCGGAAGUAUUGUGUGUCUUGGCGCCUCCCUUCGUUAGCAGACCCCAAGCUGAGAGCAAAGCAGGGAAGUCACAUGGGAAGAGGCGACACUCCUUUCUGAGGAGAAAAAGGGGACAACCUCCUUCAGCUGCAGCAACUCCCAGCCAAGGUGGAGAAGCAGAAGGAAGCGGAGAAAGUCAGGGUAUUAUUGUUCCUAAAGACAUCGACCUCAUGGCUUUACCUCAACUCUGCUUCCCAGGUGGACUACAAUUAAGCAAAGAACAGAAAGAUGAACAGUUUCACUUCCUGGUCUUCACAGAUGUUUUUGGCAACAAGUCCCAUGGAGUAGUAAUGCAGUGUUACCGUCCAAUACUGGAAGGGACAUCUUUCUUCCAGAAUGGAGCUGGAUUUACUAGACUUUUCUCUGCCUACAGUUUCUGUGUCAUAUCCAAAUAUCCUUACUUCACUGCACUCAAGGACUGUCUGUCAUGUCUGUCAGCCCAGCUAAGAACUUGCCGUUUAUCCAACAUGGAGGAGAGAGUGAAGGAGUUUGCAGCUAAAUUGGCACUGGUUCCUGUUCCUCCUCCUGGACAGCUACAUUUGAUGUUUGCCUUGCAUCCUCUGACCAUUGUAUUACCAUCCAGAGAAGACAAAGACUGCCCACCUAUAGAUUUCGACCUCCAUCUGCCUUUUUUCUGCUUCAGGCCACAGCAACUACUGCAGGUGCUGUCUUGUCUCCUGCAGGAACAGCAGGUGGUCUUAUUUUCUGCUGACUGGGCCAAACUCACACUGGUAGCAGAGAGCUUCUUGCUUUUUCUGCAGCCUCUGUCUUGGCAGCAGCCAUAUGUUCCUGUGCUGGCCAGAGGCAUGCUGGACUUCCUCAUGGUUCCUACAGCCUUUCUCAUGGGUUGCCAUCUCAGCCAUUUUGAAGAGGUUGCAGCUGAAACAGAUGAUUUGAACCUAAUCAACAUUGACGAUGGAAGUGUUUCCAUUUCUUGCUGUGAGACUGUCGACCUACCAGAGAUUCCCCCUGCUGCUGCAGACUGCUUCACACGGAGGUGUCUGUCCCUGAAGUUACAUUUUGACCUGCAUCAGUGCCACCGUGCGAGCUGCACAGCCAUCAGUGAGCAGCGGGCACAGAGAAGAGCAUGGCAACACAACCUCAACCAUGAAAUUCAGGGGAUCACACUGGAGCUGAUGGUCAACAUAUUCAGGGAUGUUGGCUGUCAUCUGAACUAUGAACAUCGGGUGUUUAAUAGUGAAGAGUUCUUGAAAACCAGAGAACCAGCUGAACACCUUUUUUACAAGAAGGUGUUGGAAACACACAUUUUCCAUUCAUUCCUCAAGGACCGACUCAACAGGAAAAUGGACAACUUUGCUCGAAUGGAACUUGGGACUCGCACUGAGACGCAGAAGAUGAAGGCUAUGGUUGAAGUCCCACGCAGACUCACCAUGCAGGAGAUUCAAGCCCGGAGAAAGAGCUCUGUUACAGAGAACAAGCUGAGUAAGAGACUCGGGAUGAGCCUCCCAAACCUUGAAGAUGAGCAAACCAUCAGCUUUCAGAAAAACAUGCUGUUGACCAGGAUCACCAUGUCUGAACCAGUGCUGAGAACGACACCUAAGAUGGUAAAGGUGUUUAAGCUCCCAGAAUUCCCAGCAUCUCUGUCCAUCCACUCUGUCCAAAAUUAUUACAGUGAGCUGAUCCAGCAUCUUAGCAAGGCCAUCUUCUCUGUCCAAAAUGAGAAUCCUGCUCUGCUGGCCAGAUUCUACUUCUUGCGGGGUUUAAUCAACACAUUGUGUUCACGGCGGCUGGAUGCUCUGGGUGAUUUCCAGAACCUCUACAAGACAGACACCGCCAUCUUCCCCACACAGCUGGUCACAUGGCUGGUGGACUCACUGCACCAGGACGAGAGACAGCAAGCUGACAGACGAUCUGAACUCAAGAGACUCAUCCUCAAGGUGAAGGCAGAGAACAAAAAGCCUCUGAUGGAGCCUGAUGACCAUGUCAAGAAGUUUGAGCUUCCCCGAAAGCAUCUUCAUCAGGAAGAGUUUGUGCGUUGCGUCCAGGAGUGUGGGAUUGUUAAAGAUGUAGCAACCAUACAUCGUUUAUUUGAUGCUCUCACUGAUGGUGAGAAAAAGCAGGUGGAUCCUGAACUCUUCAGAGUCUUCUACACUUUCUGGAAAGAGAUGGAGGCUGACGCACAAGACGUCAGCUUGCCUUCUGAAGUCAUAGACUAUCUUGACAAUAACGAGUGUGUCUACAAGUUGUCAUCGUGUGUCAAGACCUCUCGUGGGGUCGGUAAAAUUGCUAUGACUCAGAAACGGCUGCUCUUGCUUACCCAGGGACAACCAAGCUUCCUGGAAAUCACGAAGUUCAGAGACAUACAGGAGGUGAAAAUUGCUUUAGCUCCGUUUCUGCUUGUUCGAAUUCCUUCCCUUCGGAUCCAGACCUCCAGCAGGCCUGAGGUGUUUGAGGCCAACCUGAAAACCGAGACUGAACUCUGGAACCUUAUGGUGAAAGAGAUGUGGGCUGGACGCAAGAUGGCUGACCAACAUAAGGAUCCUCAAUACAUGACUCAGGCUCUGAUCAAUGUCUUGUUGAUGGAUGCUGUCAUGGCCUGCCUGAAGGCCCAAAGAUCCAUCAUUGCUGCCUCAAAGCUGGCCUACUUUGACAAGAUCACACAUGAAGUGCCCAUGAUGGUGCCUAAAACUACCUCAGAGACUCUGAAACACAAGAUCAAUCCAUCACUGGACCUGGCUGAACCUCAGACUGUACAUGUCAUGCUAUACACACCAGGUCAGUUGACUUGCAGUGACCCAGAGGGUGAGAUGAACCCUAAACUGUGGGUGGCUCUCAGUGCGGGCAAAGUGGUUGUGUUUGAUGCAUCCAGCUGGUCCAUGCUGCAGGACUGCAUCCAGGUCGGAGAGUCGCAGCUGAACUGCAUGCUGGGACUGAUCCAGGAUCAGGUGUGGAUUGGCUCUCAGGACUCAGUAAUCUACAUCAUCGACACUCACAGCAUGUCCUGCAACAAACAGCUGACUGAACACAGACAUGAAGUGACAGGACUCACAGUGGACACCAGACAUGAACACAACAGUCAGCAGACAUACUCCUGCAGCAUUGACGGGACGAUUCUGCAGUGGGACUCGGCCAGUCUCAAAGUGAAGCGACAGUUCCACCUCAGCUGUGACCGUCUCUCCUCAGUACAGAUCCAUGAUGGCAAACUGUGGUGCUGUUGUGGUGACAGCAUUGUGGAGCUAAAAAAGAAUGGGACACCACAAAGAAGGAUGGCACUUCCUGAUGACCUACAGAGCAUGCCCAGUAGCUUCAGCAGCUUCACUGUCAUCCCAGAGCGAGGUCAGUUGUGGACAGGCUGUGUAGACUCAGGGGAGCUGUGUCUGUGGCACACUAAUAACCACCGACGUCCACCCAAAAGAAUCUCCCUGCCUGGCACUUCAGGAGUCACCUGUAUGAUUCGAGUCAAGGACCAGAUCUGGGUGGGCUGUCGUGGCUGGAGUGGGGUCAGAGGUCGGUGUGCCGAUCAGUUGAGAAGUCAGGUUUUUGUGAUGGACCCCGAGAGCCACAGUGUGGCAAAGGAGCUGCAGGCCCAUUUGGACAGCAUCCAGACACUCUGCUCUGCUGAGGAUCGUUAUGUCCUGAGUGGCUCUGCGUGGCGUGACGGUAGGAUCGCCAUCUGGAAAGUCGAAUAGAGAACACAGACUGAGAAAUCACAGGUGAGGAAAGAGAGGAGAAGAGAGAAAGGGCAUUUGUUUGCCUUUUUGGUAUUUGACUGUAACAAAAAUAAUCAUUUUGUACAGGCUUGAGUAGAGUCAGGUUGGACACAGAUGGACAAAAUGGUGAAGAGUGGAAAUGAGUAGAGGUGCACAGUGAAGUUCUUUUCUUUCACUUGGGGGGGGGGGGGCAUCUUUUUCUAUGUCAGUGUGUCUUGAGUUUUUGAUUCAUAAAAUGUUAAAAUCAGCCAUUUAAAGAUAGCAUUUUGAGACUUAUGGAAGAGAUCCCUGUAAACAAAAUAUGUACUUCAAUAAAGAGCAGCUCUUUUCCUUCUUGGUAACAAAACUUCCACACACAAGGUGUGAAAUAGGUCAAGUAUGUGCCUUCUGCAUGUUCUUCGUGUGUUUUAAAAGUUUGAUUUAUCCUUGAUGUAAUGCCAUCAUUCACGUUUUGUUAUCAAGGAAUUGUAAUUAAGUAAAUUUCUGGUUAUUAUUA